GUGAGAGUGGAUUUGAUGGCACUGAUGGAGAGCAGGGAGAACGUGGAUUUCCUGGACCUUCUGGAGAGAAAGGCAGCAGAGGGAGAUUGGUGAUGUACCCCUUACAGUAAUGCUUAGAUUUUAUGGAAACAUCUUUCCAAAGUAUCAUGCUGUCUGUAAUGACUGUGAGUUGUUUUUAAUAGCUGCCUGUUCUCUAAUAUGCUGUCACUCCUGCUCUAAAUCAGUGUAGCUCCACUGACUUCAACAGAUCUAGCCCUCUGCUGCCACAGAUACUAUUUAUAAUUGUACCUCAAUUGUUUGUGCUCUUUUUAUGAAUUUAGGGCAGAAAAGGCCCCAGAGGAGAACCAGGUGAACGAGGAGAAUCUGGACUAAGAGGAGAUCAUGGAGAUCCUGGGGCUAACAAUAAUGUUACUGGCCCUAAGGGUGAAAAGGGAAACCUAGCAUCACAGGGUGCAGCAGGUCGAAGAGGCCCUCCAGGUAUAAAGGGUGAGCAAGGAGAUCUGGGAGAAACAGGUUACCCAGGAGAAACUGGUCUUCCAGGCCCCCAGGGCCCAAAAGGACCACAAGGGAUCAGAGGACCUCCUGGACCACAAGGCAUGCCAGGCCCUCUGGGUAGUCUGGGGAUGCCUGGUUCACCUGGCUCUGUUGGAAAGUUAGGUGUAAGAGGAGCAAAGGGUGAACCUGGUGACCCUGGAGAGAAGGGCUUAGCUGGACCCCCUGGACAGAGAGGCAUUCCUGGCAUGGAUGGCAGAGAUGUCUAUGGUCCUGAAGGAAGCAAAGGAGCAAAGGGAGAAUCUGGAUUCAUAGGAUAUCCUGGUCCAGAGGGAGAAGAAGGAGAUCAGGGCAUUCCAGGAGCUGAAGGACCCAAAGGAAUUAGGGGUAGAAGAGGUAAUUCUGGCACACCAGGUUCCCUGGGAGAUCCAGGUGACCAAGGGCCAUCAGGACCUAUGGGUGCCAAGGGACCGGUGGGCACCAUUUUAAUGGAACCUUGUGAACUUGUGAAUUUUACCCGAAAAAACUGCCAUUUGAAGAAGAAACUAACAAUGUUUGAGUUGUGGAAAGGUUCUCAUGUAACUUUUCUGCUUCGAUAUACAGACGCAUGCCCAGCUUAUCCAACUGAAGUGGUUUUUGCCUUGGAUAUGUCUGAUGAUGUUACACCAGCUGCAUUUGAAAGAAUGAGGAACAUUGUUAUGUUAUUGCUGAAGACCAUUAAGAUCAGUGAAAGCAAUUGCCCAACAGGCGCUCGUGUCUCGGUUGUUUCUUUCAAUACCAACAUGCACUACCUCAUCCGAUUCUCUGAAUUCCAAAAGAACAACUUGCUGCUACAAGCCAUCCAGAGCAUCCCACUAGAGAGAUCCAGUGGAAAACGAAAUAUUGGGGCAGCCAUGAGAUUUGUUGCAAGACAUGUCUUCAAACGUGUUCGUCAGGGCAUCCUCACAAGAAAAGUUGCCCUGUUUUUUGCCAAUGGUCCAUCACAGGAUGAUGUAGCCAUCAGCACAGCUGUGCUUGAGUUGAGUGCCUUGGAUAUCACUCCAGUUGUUAUUGCCUUCAGUGAGGUGCCAAAUGUCAGACGUGCCUUCUCUAUUGAUGACACAAGAAGAUUUCAGUUAUUUGUUUGGGAAAGACAACAAGACGAAAAUUUGGAGGCCAUCACAUAUUGUACACUGUGCUUUGAUAAAUGCAAUCCAAGAACCAACUGUGAGGUGCCUUUUUCUCCCCUGGUUCAGAUGGAUAUGGAUAUAACUUACAUCAUGGACAGCUCUCGCAGCAUUAGCAGGGAAGACUUUCAGAGAGCCAAAGACUUUGUGAGCAACAUGGUGGAUCAGUUUGUCGUUUCCUCACAGCCCAAUGAAUCAUAUGGAGGCAUCAGAGUGGCACUGGUGCAGCAGGCUCCCAGGGGCUUCCUGCCUGACAGAAACCAGACACCUGUGGCCUUGGAGUUUGACCUAGUCACAUACAGCAAUAAAGAUUUGAUGAAGAAACACAUCCAAGAGUCUGUUCACCAGCUGGAAGGGCCAUCAGCCAUUGCUUCUGCUCUACAGUGGACAGUUGAAAAUGUAUUCUUUAAAGCCCCCAGACAAAGAAAGCACAGGGUCAUAUUUACAAUAGUCGGAAGCAAAACAAGCACAUGGGACAGAGAAAGGCUGAGAGAGAUUUCACUCGGAGCCAAGUGCCAAGGGUUCACCUUAUUCACUCUUGCACUUGGCAGUGAUGUGAGUGGCAGUCAGCUGAUGGAGCUGUCCAGCUCCCCCACAGAUCAGCACUCACUGACACUGGGCAGGUUUGCCACCCCAGAGAUGGUGUAUGCUCAGAGGUUUAGCCGGGCAUUCCUAAAUCUUCUACAACAAGAAAUGAACAGUUAUCCUUCACCUGAACUUCAAGAAGAGUGUGAAAAUUUAGAUCGGGGAGACAUACAACAGGAAGCAUCCGUGACUGAAAGAAUACCUUUUCCUGGAAUGGCUGAAAGUGGUUCCAGUCAAGUUUUAGAAGACACGGAAAAAAAUAAAAGUAGAGUCAUGAAGAGGAUGAAAGAGAACACCAAAGAGCCUGUAUACACAGUGCCAGAAAUGAGAGAUGAUUAUGAGGAGAGUGCAUAUUUCACAGAGGAAAAUGCUAAAAGGGAAAAGCCUCAAGAGUGUGGAAAAGCUCAGGAGAAGAACAAGAAAAACUUAGAGACCACAGCAGAAACUAGAAGUGGCUGUAAUGAUUAUGGUAUGAUUCUAGAAUAUGAAAAUCUUUUUUAAUUUAGUAAAAAGACUAAACUGUGAAGGACUCAAUUGAAUAUUUUUACACGAUGAAGGAUUUCCAGAUACAUUUUUUCAAAGGUUUUAGUCAUCACAUGUUAGUAUUUAGUCCAAAACUAUAUAGUAGUUAAAGACUGAACUACAGGUGUCAUUAUAACUUCAGUUUUGAUUUAUGAAUUUUGUAACAAUAUCAU